CCGCUCGCCGCCCGCCCUCGUGGGAUGGAGCCGCCGCGCCCGCGCCGUCUGAUGCCGCUCCUCCUCCUCUACUGCUCCUUGGCUCUGCUGCCUCCCGCCGCGCAGACCGUGUGCCCGGAGCUAUGCGACUGCCAGCAGCAGCAGCACGUCCUGUGCACCAACCGAGGGCUGCGGGCCGUGCCCAAAGCCGUCGAGCCGCAGGACAUCCUCACCUACAGCCUGGGCGGCAACUUCAUCGCCAACAUCUCCGCUUUCGACUUCCACCGCCUGGUGGCGCUGCAGCGCCUCGACUUGCAGUACAACCGCAUCCGCGCACUCCACCCGAAGGCCUUCGAGCGCCUGGCGCGCCUGGAGGAGCUCUACCUGGGGAACAACCUCCUGACGGCCCUGGCGCCCGGCACCCUGCGCCCCCUGGCCAAGCUGCGCAUCCUCUAUGCCAACGCCAACGAGAUUAGCUCCUUGAGCGCGGCUUCCUUUGCUGGGCUGGGCAGCCUGGUCAAGCUGCGGCUGGACGGCAACGCCUUGGGCUCGCUGGGAGACGCCACUUUCUCGGGGAUGUCCAACCUGCUCUAUUUGCACCUGGAAGCCAACCGCAUCCGCUGGCUGAGCCGCAACGCCUUUGCUGGCCUGGGGAAGCUGCGCUUUCUCGACCUGUCGGGGAACCAGCAGAGCCUGCUGCGCCACCCCGACAUCUUCCGGCCGAUGCGUUUGCUCAGCACCCUCCUCCUCUCCGGCAACAGCCUGCAGCAACUGGGGAAAGGGCUCUUCCAACACCUGCCCAACUUGGCCAAGCUGUCCUUGAGCGGCAACCGCCUGGCUUGGUUGGCACCGGAAGCCUUCGCUGGCUUGGGGGCCCUCAAGGAGCUGCGGUUGGAUGGGAACGUUCUGAGCCAGCUGCCCGCGCCGCUGCUGCAGCCGCUGCGCGGCCUGGAGGUGCUGGACCUGAGCCACAACGCCCUGGCCGCUCUCCCGCCGGGUGCCUUUGCUCAGCUGCACAAGCUGCGGGAGCUCAGCUUGCAGGACAACGCCUUGGCUACGGUGCCCGGUGACCUCUUUGUCUCCAGCCCCGUGCUCUACCGCUUGGAGCUGGAUGGAAAUCCCUGGAGCUGCGACUGCCGCCUGCGAGGCCUGAAGCACUGGCUGGGCUCCUGGCAUGCGCAGGGCCGGCUCCUCACAGUGUUUGUGCAGUGCCGGCAGCCGCGGGCCCUGGCUGGGAAAUACCUCGAUUACCUGGAGGACGCCCAGCUCUCGGCGGCUCUCAAUGGCUCCUCUUGCCCCAAUAUGGUGGCCUCCUCUCCUGCCCCGCUCGCUAGGGGCAACAGCAGCUCAGGCCUGGGCCUAGUGCAGGAGAAGGUCGGCUCCUUGCCCUCUGCCUCGACCAUGCAGCUGCUGGGCUCUCAGAAGAUCUUGGCGUCCGGAAGAGAGAGCUGGGCAGCUGAGACGGGCCUCACAACCUCAACGCCCGGCUUGCACCUCACCACCAGGCCACCUUCCUUACCUGGAGCUGCUUGGCCCAGGCGCGCAGGCAAAUACCACUCAGUCUCGUCUGGCAUCCCUCCGCUGGUCACCGACCCCUGCGAUUUCAACAAGCUGUUCCUCUACAACCUGUCGGUGGAGGCGGUCGGCUCUGGCACGGUGACGGUGCGCUGGGGGGUCCGCCCGCACCGCAGCCCCCGCCUGCUUGGCCCCGUGCGCUUCCGAGUCCUCUUCGACCGCUUCGGGGCCGCCACCAAGUUCCAGCGGUUUGUUUACCUCCCCGAGUGGAGCGAGCCCGUGGCUACGCUGCAGGAGCUGCGCCCCGACACCCCUUACCUGGUCUGCGUGGAGGGUGUGAUCGGGGGCCGUGUCUGCCCGGUGGCGCCGAGGGACCAUUGCGCAGGGCUGGUCACCCUGCCCGAAGAAGGUGCAGGCGCUUCCGCCGCCGUGGCAGGCAGAUCCCAAAACCUGGACCACCAACUCCUCACCCUGGUGCUGCUGGCGGUCAACGCGUUGCUGCUUUUCCUGGCCCUGGCGGCCUGGGCUUCCCGCCUGGUGCGGAAAAAGGUGCUGGGGUGCCGGCGGCGGAAGGCAGCGUCGCCCGUGCACGUCCGGCAGAUGUAUUCGACCCGCCGGCCCCUGCGCUCCAUGGGGACAGGCGUCUCUGGUGACUUUUCCGGCUUCCAGUCCCACCGACCGCCCCGAAGUGCGGUCUGUGCCCUGAGCGAAGCCGACCUCAUUGAGUUCCCGUGCGAGCGCUUCGUCGACAGCGGCGCCGGAGGGAACAGCAGCGCACGGCGUGGAGAGGAUCACCUGCUGCAGAGGUUUGCAGACUAGAGGCGCGGAUGGAACAAAUGCUGUGGCUUCCGUUGCCGCCCUGUUAUGCCGGAAUCAAGUGCCCAGCGUUGAGAU